AUGGAGGCGCUCGGGCGCGCCUACGGCCGCCUGUGCCGGGAGAGCGGGGCCGAGCCCCAGGAGGCCGUCCUGCAGCGGCUGCGCGAGCUGCCCGCGGGCCGGCUGGACCUGGCCGCGCACAGCCUGACGGGGGACACCUGCCGGGCGCUGGGCACGCUGCUGCAGAGCGAGGCGCCGCUCACCGAGCUGGUCCUGAGCGACUGCAUGCUGGGCGAGGAAGGGGCCACCCUGCUGCUCCAGGGGCUGUGUGCCAACUCUGUCGUGCGGUGUCUGGACCUGAAGGGCAAUAACCUGCGGGCGGUGGGGACGGAGGCCCUGGCAGCGCUUCUCCGGCAGAACAAGUCCAUCCAGAGCCUCACCCUGGAGUGGAACAGCCUGGGCGCCUGGGAGGAUGCCUUUGCCACCUUCUGCGGGGCUCUGGCAGCCAACAGUACCCUGCAGCAGCUUGAUCUCCGCAACAACCAGAUCAGCCACGCGGGCGCUGCGGAGCUGGCCCUGGCCCUGCCCAGGAACACCAGCCUGCAGCAGCUGGACCUGCGCUGGAACAACAUCGGCCUCCUGGGGGGCCGGGCCCUGGUGAACUGUCUCCCGGGAAACAAGACCCUGAGGAGGCUGGAGUUGGCUGGGAACAGCAUCCCUGGCGACAUCCUCAGAGCCAUGGAGCAAGCCAUGGGCCACAGCCAGGCGCAGCAGAGCACCCUGAGGGAGAGCCAGGCCCGCAGGCGCGUGCUCAGCGAAGAGGUGCGGCACCUGCGGGAAGAGAAGUCCAAGCAGUUCCUGGACUUGAUGGGGACGAUCGACAAGCAGCGGGAAGAGAUGGCCCGGAGCAGCCGGGUGUCUGCGUCGCGGGUGGGGCAGCUCCAGGAAGCCCUGGCCGAGAGACACUCCGUCAUCAGCGCCCUGAAGGCCAAGCUGCAGAUGGCCGAGGCCGCCCUAGCUCUGUCUGAGCAGAAGGCCGAGGACCUGGGGCAGCGCCUGGCCUCCGCCGAGCAAGAGCAGUGGAGCCUGGCGCAGAGGCGGGAGAAGGAGCACAGGCUGGAGCAGCAGGAGGCCGCAGAACGGGAGUCCAAGCUCCUGAGAGACUUGUCAGCCGCCAGCGAGAAGAACCUGCUGCUGCGGAGUCAGGUGGAUGACCUGGAGCGGAAGGGGAAGGCCCAGCAGGAGCAGCUGUUCCUGGCCAGGCAGGAGCUGACCCACACGGUGGCCGAGCUGAAGAUGCGUGUUGUCCAGGCAGAGGAGCGCCUGGAGAUGGAGAAGCAGAGGUCCCGGCAGGCCCUGGAGGACGCAGAGCGCCUGCGUGCCAAGGAGGUGGAGCACCUGACGCGCCACCUGGAGGACAGUGAGAGGGCCGCGCAGGAGAGGGUGCAGAGGCUGGAGAACACGAGGCUGGCCCUGGAGGAGGAGCUGAGCAGGGCCCGGGCCGGGGCUCUCUGUGAGCGCGGCCAGGCGGAGGAGGAGCUCAUCAAGGCCAAGAACCAGGUCCGCCUGGAGGAGCAGCAGCGCCAGGCGCACCUGGAGGAGAAGCUGCGGCUGCUGGGGCGGGCCCGGGACGAGGCCCAGAGCGCCUGCCUGCAGCAGCAGCAGACGGUGGCCGACGCCCAGGCGCGGGCCGGCCAGCUGGGCCUGCAGGUGGAGGGCCUGAGGCGGCGCGUGGAGGAGCUGCAGCAGGAGCUGAGCGGCCAGGAGCAGGAGCGGCUGGCGGCCGUGGCGCGCGCGCGCGCGGAGAUGCAGGGGCAGGUCGGCCGCCUGCAGGCCGAGCUGGCGGCGCGGGAGGCGCAGCGGGAGAAGGCGGGCGCGCUGGAGCGCCGGCUGAAAGCGCUCGCCAGCGACCACCGGGAGGCGCUGCUGGACCGGGACGGCGAGAUCGCGGCCCUGCGCGAGGAGCUGCGGCUGCGGGAGGCCGCGGCGGCGCGCGCGCGGGAGGAGGAGGCGCUGCGCGCCCGCGCCCUGCAGAGCGCGGUGCUGGCCUACGUGCGGGGCGCCCCGCCGCGGGCGCUGGGCCCCCAGAAGUGA